AUGUUCAGGAAGAUUAAUAAUGUGUUUCGUCCGAACCAACAAGGACACAAAGCUGGAGACGGUCGUUAUCGGUCAGAACAGGAUUACCACAACGCGUGCACGGUCAGGUUGGUGCGCAGCACCUCCAUGCUCGUGAUUGGAGAGAAAGCACAGGUAGACCAGGUGAACUCGCCUUUGAAGCGGAGUCAAAGCUCUGUGAGUAUCGAGUCCACCGCGGCCUUGUAUUACUACCAGAGGCAAGAGGACCGCAUAUGGCUCUAUUCUCAAAAUCAGAACUGCCUUGAGUACCUGGAGGAACUCGUGGCUUUGAGACGACAAUACACACGGAGUGUCAACAACCUCACAAGUAACGAGGCCGAGGCCACACUUUCCUCCAGGAAAAAGCCUGCACCCCCGCCACCCACCAAGGACGCACAGAUAUCAAGGGCCAAACCCUCGGCCCCUCCGGUCCCCAGCGAGGAGGACACCUUACAGUUCUUGGAUGCGGUCAUUGCGAGCUGCGACUCCGAGUCUGUUCACAAACCUCACGUAGAUGAUGGACACGCAGACGUAGAUUUCAUUGUGGCCACCAGCUCCAGUGAUCAUGACCUCCACUCCAACUGGGUCCUGCGGGUCCCCCGCCUCACCAAUGGAUCCGGGCAGAAAGCGUUCCAUGAGAGUGCCAAGGACUGCAUCCCGAAGAAGAAAACCAGCGGCGGGUCCACAAGCAGCCGGCUACGGCUGCAGAGGAACCCGAUUCACUUGCCCAAAGUGGUGCAGAGUGCGUUUCAGACGCUGCGCUUUAAGCCCAAGUUAAAAAAGCAGGGACCCAAGACAAAACAUUUUGAACCACCGUCUUAA